CUCGGCGUCCUGCCCGCCAGCCCUGCCCGCCCAAGCGGCUGGAGGACGCUGAGCGCAGGUGCGUCUGCAGGAGCCUGGGACGAGCCCUGCGUGGGCGCCGUUGACACCGUGAUGUCCAUCGGGCAGAGGAAAGGAGUCCGAGCCGCAGACCCAUCGGGGGACGGCGCAGCCCAGCAGGACGGGGCGCCGGAACCUAAGCUGCCCUCCGAACGUCGUACCAGUAGAAGAUUAUGGAAGAUUCUGUCAUUUACUGUCGGUGGAGCCGUCGCCCUCUGUGCUGGACUCCUGACGUCCGUCUACCUGGCCACCUUACAUGAGAAUGACCUGUGGUUUUCCAACAUAAAGGCUGACGCUCUGUCCACUGGGCCACUGGAUCGUGAACUUGGUGCCGUGGGUCACGAGUAAUGCUUUCCUUCAUGACAUCAAGUACAAGAAAG